AUGCGACCGUUGCAGGGAUGGAGGGGGAAGAACGAGGGGAAAAAAGUACAAGGAGUUCGGAUGAACCCUGACCCUGGCCUCACGAGCCCUUGGUCUCCCUCUCUCUCUCUGUCUGUCCACAUCGCGCGGACUCGUUACGUCCCUCUGUGCGAAUGCUCAUGCUGUAAAAUGCACGCUAUCACAGAGACACAAUUCGAUCUGUGA